AUGCGACGCACCAUUCUUUUAGCAAUGGUUGCACGGAAGAGAUUCUUCACGCCUAUAGAUCAGGCUCUAGCCAAGUCCCAAGAUGCGUCUUCCCUCUUUGUUAAAGACGAGGACUUCCAGGCACAAGUUGCUGUUUCUGGUGGUGAUGACUUUGUCAUGUCUGAGAAGGAGUUUGGUGAGUACUUAGAGAGCGAACUAGGACACAUCAAUUCUCGUGAUACUAAGCUUCUUUAUGAUGAGUAUGUUCUGGGUAAGUUGACGUUGAAGCAGGUAUUGACAGAGUAUUUAAAGGGUGAACUUUCUUCGUCUUUGCCAUCAGCUGAAAAUGGAAGUUCAAUUGAAACUGAAGGUUCAGUUGAUGAUCUUAACCAAAAGAUUCUUGACGAAAGCAAACGACAAAUCCAAUUGGAAUUGGAUUCAAGAUGGAGCCAAUUCAUAGGAACGUUCAACGUUGAAGCUUAUGCCACAAGACCAAUGUUACGACCUCUUGUUUUCGAACAGAAACUUGAACUUCGUCGUCUUCAAUCAAAGAAACAAGCAGAAUCUUCUAUUGCUAGGAUCUUCACUACAGGAACUGAUUCGAGAGAAAUAGGUAGAGUCCCUGAAGAAUUCAACAAGUUCUUUUCCCCUUUAUUGGACUUGGAAAUGUGUGUUUUUGACAUGACGGUGUUGAUGACCACCAAAGGUCGAUUAUCUAUUGGUGAUUCAUUUUACGUUCAAGUAGAUUGUUUCUUGACCAAUAUGGCUUUUGCCUCUAAGAAAACUCUUUAUUCUCUUUCUCAAACCAAUGGAUUCAUUUCCAAGGGUUCCAAACGACAGAAGUCAACUUCGACUUCCUUCGAUUACAUGAAAGAGUCAGAAGGUGAAUGGUUACUUAAGUUAAGACAAUAUUCGCUAAGUGAAUUGUUUGGUAAACUAGAAAUCAAACCAUUGAAGAUGCACAAUGAUAAAGAAGAAGUCAAUAAUGAUGAUAAUAGUAGUAGUAAUGAUGUUAUUGAUUGUGAUGAUGAACAAUAUGAUCUUGAAGCUCAGGAUAUUAAGCCAGUGGACCAAUUAAAUGUCAACCAACUCACAAAGUUCUAUCAGAACAAUAACCAAUCCGAACUCUUUACUACCCUUCCAGAAACUACUACACCUCCGACAGAGAACUUUAAAGUCACUUUAAGACCGUAUCAAAAACAUGGAUUGUCUUGGUUAUUAACAAGAGAAAAGGAAAUCUCUGUUCUAGAAGAGUUGGCUAACCAAAAUGGUAGUAAUAACCUUUCCACACAAUCUAGAACCCUUAUUAAAAGUCGAGAAGAAGGUGUAUUUAAUCCUUUAUGGAGGAAAUAUAAAUGGCCCAAAGAUAUUUCGUAUGAUAAUCUUAAAGCGAAAACCAUUGGUGCUAGACGAGGGUCUGGGAGCAACUACUUUUAUGCUAAUAUGUAUAAUGGGGAAUUAUCCAUUGAAGUUCCAAUUCUUAAAACUGCUCUUAAAGGUGGUAUCAUUGCAGAUGAAAUGGGAUUGGGGAAGACAAUAUCAACAUAUGCAUUGAUUUCCUCUGUACCUUUUGAUACUAAUAUCUCAACACAAGAAGACCAAAAUAGUGGCAGUAGAUAUGCUUCCAAGACAACUUUGAUAGUGUUGCCGAUGUCGCUAUUACAACAAUGGAAAAAUGAAUUUGAUAAAAUUAAUGCCAAUACAAAAUUUAAAUGCCAAAUAUACUAUGGUGAUCUGACUACCAUGGAUUUACGGCAUUCUCUUUGCAAAGAUGAUGACUGCUCUGAACAAAUUCCAGUGGUAUUAUUAACAACUUAUGGAACCAUUGUCAAUGAAUAUAUUCGAUACAAUAAGUUACGGGAUAAAGAUGGGAACUUGCCCAACUUUGGUAUUUAUUCUGUUAAAUUCUUCAGAAUUGUUUUGGAUGAAGCACAUAACAUAAGAAAUAGAAGUACUAAAACUGCAAAAUCAGUUAAUGGACUUAAGGCAUCAAGAAGAUGGGCAUUAACUGGGACUCCAAUUAUUAAUCGAUUGGAUGAUUUAUAUUCAUUGAUUAAAUUUUUACAGGUGGAACCUUGGAGUAAUUUUUCAUAUUGGAAAACAUUUAUUACCUUACCAUUUGAACAAAAGAAAGCAGACCAAACUCUAGAGGUGAUUCAAGCAAUUCUUGAACCAAUUUUAUUACGAAGAACUAAAAACAUGAAGCAAAAGAAUGGGAAACUCUUGGUGGAAUUACCAGAAAAGGAAGUGAUAGUUGAAAACCUCACACUUAGUGAAAAGGAACAGAAAGUCUAUGAUUGGUUUAAAGUUAGAGCCUCCAAUACAUUCCAAGAGGGUCUUCGAUCUGGUGAAUUAUUAAAGAAAUAUUCCCAAAUCUUAACACAAAUUCUUCGUCUUCGACAAAUAUGUUGUCACAUUAAUUUGGUUGGAUCUACUAGUGAAUUGGAGUUGGAUGUUGAUACCAAUGGUAAAGAAAGCGAUGAGAUCUUGAAGGAAAUCCGUCAGCUUAUUCUUUCCAGAGACGAGAACGAUGAGUUCAAAACUCAACUGGAUUUCAAACAGUGCAUGUAUUCCCUUUACAAUUUGAUUGAUUUAGAAAACUCAGAAUGCUCAAUUUGUACUGAAAGUCCCAUUUCAAUUGGUGAACAUUGCAUAACUCAUUGUGGCCAUCAAUAUUGUUUAAGUUGUAUUCUUGACCAUAUUGAGUUCCAACAAAAGUCUCACACACAGCCAUUGUGUCCCAACUGUCGACAACCAUUAUCAAAGUAUAAGAUCUUUAGAAUACUUAAUCGAGAAACCAGAAGAAAGGAAGUCAAUUUCUACUCACAAGCUGUUGACGAUGAUGACGAUGAUACAAAUGAUUAUAAAUUCAAACUAUAUUUAUAUGAUCCCAGAACAACAUCGACCAAGAUCCAAGCAUUAAUUCGACAUUUAAAGAUUAUUCGACAACAGAAACCAGGAGAGAAAGUGGUUGUGUUCUCUCAAUUCUCAUCGUAUCUUGACAUUAUCGAAUCCGAACUCAAGAUUCAAGGUUCCGACGAUUAUCAAGUGUACAAAUUCGACGGAAGAAUGAAGAUGAACGAAAGACAGCUUGUGCUUGAUAAAUUCAAUAGUCCUAUUGAUUCAGAUAAGGUCAGUGUGUUGUUGCUUUCCUUAAAGGCUGGAGGUGUGGGGUUAAAUUUAACCACUGCCUCAACUGCCUUCAUGAUGGAUAUCUGGUGGGCACCAUCCAUUGAGGAUCAAGCCAUAGAUCGAAUCCACAGAAUAGGACAAGAUAAAAACGUCAAGGUCAUAAGGUUCAUUGUGGAGAAUAGUAUUGAACAAAAGAUGCUAAAGAUCCAAGCUCGAAAGAAACAGUUGGGUGAGGCCGUUUCAAUGGAGGAAGAAGAAGUGAAACGUCAAAGAAGAAUAGAAGACAUCAAAACAUUAUUUGAGGAAGAAGUUAAUUGA